UACCCAAAAAAAAAAAAGAAAAAAAAAAAGCUCAAGUGGGAUGAUGGAAAACGGCUAUACCGAUAACAGUGAAGAGUGAAGAGGGACGAACGAGGAAAGAAAGAAAGGCCAAUCGAAGCAAAAAUUCCUCCGAGCUUAGCAAAAACCCUUCCUAACCAUCCAUUUAUUUUCGCCUUUUUCACGUACCACCCAGAUACAGAUUCUCCACUAAAAUCUCUCUCUCUCUCUCUCUCAUUUUUUUUUUUUGCCCUCUAAGAUCCGCUCUUUGCUUGUCCUGUUGUGCCUUUUUAGCUUUUUUGCUGUUCCAAAAGUCGUACAUUCACCCCCUCUGGCUCUCGGCUCUCCCCCACAACACAACACAAAAACCCCAUCAAAAUAAUAUCAUUUUUUUUUAUUUUUUCAAUUUUUUUUACAUAUAAUUCUGUAUUGGGUCGGCGACAUUCUACGAUAAUUUGUUUGUGGUUGUUGGUAGAAAACACCGGAAAACUGAGACAUUUUUGUUGUAGAAGGCAAUAAUUUUGUAAGUAAAAGCGAUGAUCAAGCCGGAGGGAGAACUCAAAGUAAGCUUUGGCUAUCAAUGCAAUGGUAACGUAGGCAGCUCUGGCGAGGUCUCCAGUGGAUCUUGUUUCACGGCUGGAAUACAAAGGGCUAGUAGUUUCUCUUGCUUGUCUGGUGCUGCUAUAAGCGCCAAUUGUACGCUUGUGAAUACAAAUAUUUGCAAUGGCUUAAUAGGAGCAGAAAUACUUCCUAGCUUGGACUCCCCUACUUCUUUUCGCAAAGUUUUCUCUUCGCCAAGCCUUUCAAAGUUGGAUUUAUUAUCAUCUUCUCUCCAAAAUAGUAUGUCGAACUUGUGUUGUAGCCCAUCUACACCAAGCGAUUUGGCUGACUACGAUUCGUAUCUGUUGAACUCCUCGAGUGCUCCAUCAAGAAGUGAAGGUUUUCUCAAUUCUAUGGAAGUACAGGUGGCUGGAGGAGCUGCUGGUGAAGAUAGGGUUCAAGCCGUUUGUUCUGAAGAAAAUGGAUGGCUCUUUUGUGCCAUUUACGACGGUUUUAAUGGACGUGAUGCAGCUGAUUUUCUUGCGGGGACCCUGUAUGAUACCUUCAUGUAUUACUUCAACUCAUUAGACUGGGUACAAAAUCAAAAGUUUGGUGUUGAAUGUUCAGAUGGUCUGGGUGAUAGUAAAAUUGUAAACGAGGAAAAAUAUCCUUUUGAAGUCAACUCUAACAAGGGUACAUCUUAUGAUAUUUCCAAGAAUAGGCCAUAUGCUAGAAUACAAAAGUCACCUGAUUCAUAUAGGCAAGAAGUGCUUGAUAGCCUCGAACGAGCGCUUUCUCAGGCUGAGAGUGACUUUCUCUACAUGGUUGAACAGGAAAUGGAGGAUCGCCCUGAUUUGGUUUCUAUAGGGUCUUGUGUUCUGAUUGUGCUUCUUCACGGAGAAGAUUUAUAUUCGUUAAAUUUAGGCGACAGCAGAGCUGUUCUGGCAACAGAUGGCGACAGCGCUGAUGGGAAUGGGCGUGAGAAACUGAAAGCUGUCCAGCUUACCGAAAGUCAUACAGUCGACGAUGAAGGUGAAAGAGCUCGAAUUUUGCAUGAGCAUCCGGAUGACCCUAAGACCAUUGUAGCUGGAAAAGUGAAAGGGAAAUUGAAGGUCGCUCGUGCAUUUGGAGUUGGUUACUUGAAAAAGAAAAAUCUGAAUGAUGCGCUUAUGGGAAUACUUCGGGUUCAAAAUCUUAUAAGCCCCCCAUAUGUUUCCACACAACCAUCACUAAAUGUGCGUACGAUUUCACCACGCGACCGUUUCGUUAUAGUUGGGAGUGACGGUUUGUUCGACUUCUUUAGCAACAAUGAGGCAGUAGAGCUUGUGCAUUCCUACAUCUUGAGCCACCCUUACGGUGACCCGGCUAAGUUUCUAGUAGAGCAGCUUGUGAAUAAAGCAGCAAAGUGUGCAGGCUUCAGUAUGGAAGAGUUGAUGGAUAUUCCAGCAGGUAGGAGGAGAAAAUAUCAUGAUGAUGUAACUGUAAUGGUGAUCAUCCUUGGUUCACACCAGCGCACCACAAAGGCAUCAACCUGCAUAUGAUUUUUUUUUUUUUGUCAUUUCAGUAAAAAAAAAAAAAGUAGCUAUUUUUUUUUUUUUUUUUUCCCCUAGUUUCAGGUUUUGUACAUAAUGCAGUUUCAGGUUUAGCACAUUUUAUUAUGCUUGUAGCCUUCUGGUUUUAGUUAUCCAAUUGUAUAUAAUAACAGAUGAAUUGAAACA